ACGGCGCGUCCCCGGCGCGUCCCCGGCGCGUCCCCGGCGCGUCCCCGGCGCGUCCCCGGCGCGUCCCCGGCGCGUCCCCGGCGCGUCCCCGGCGCGCUCCCUCCCCGGCCGGAGCAGCUCAGCAUGGGAUGUCCUCCCAUGCCCCUCUCCGCGCACUUUGAUCGAGCCACAGCGUCUUUUCCACAGCACACAGCGCUGGUUUUGUUCAUUAUUGCCUCCAUUCCCUCCACCGGACACAGUUUCCCAUCUUUUGCGGUCUCCGGAACAUUAAAUGUGGAUGUCACCUGCCUUUUUCUUGCCACAUGACGUUGAGUGCGGUUCAUGCUCUGCCAGGCGUUUCGGUGGGAUGGUAGAUCGUCCAGCCUGCUGGUUCGUUGAAAGCUACCCGACCGACUGGCCUUCUGCCCGUGAGCUCCUCCGGGGAACCAGGGGAGCCCCGAGAGCCGACAGGUGUGACCCGAGAUGGAGGAUUCCGGGAUCAUCCGAAGACGCAGGCUGCAGAAGGAUCUGCCUUUGCCCCGAAAAAGCAGCAGCUGCAGGACCAGCAACCGGAAGAGCCUCAUCCUGACCAGUACGUCCCCGACGCUGCCGAGGCCGCACUCGCCACUGCCCGGACACAUAGGAAGCAGUCCGCUGGACAGCCCGCGCAACUUCUCGCCCAGUGGACCUGCCCACUUCUCCUUCGCCUCCUCUCGAAGGGCUGAUGGUCGUAGAUGGUCUUUGGCCUCUCUGCCUUCCUCAGGAUAUGGAACCAACACCCCCAGUUCAACGUCAUCCAGCUCGUCUCAGGAGCGUCUGCAUCAGCUGCCCUUCCAGCCAACCAUGGACGAGUUGCACUUCCUGUCCAAGCACUUUGGCAGCACAGAGAGCAUCACGGACGACGACGGCGGGCGGCGCUCCCCUCACGUCCGCCCUCGCUCCAGAAGCCUCAGCCCGGGGCGCUCGCCAUCCUGCUGUGACAAUGAAAUAGUGAUGAUGAACCAUGUCUACAAGGAGCGCUUCCCCAAGGCCACAGCUCAGAUGGAGGAAAGGCUGGCGGAGUUCAUCCAGAACUAUUCCCCAGAGAGUGUUCUCCCACUGGCCGACGGCAUCCUCAGCUUCAUCCAUCACCAGAUCGCGGAGCUGUCUAGAGACUGCCUGGCCAAGUCACGGGAAGGCCUCAUCACCAGCGUUUACUUCUGUGAACUCCAGGAGAACCUGGAGAAGCUCCUGCAUAACGCGUACGAGCGCUCGGAGAAUUCAGAGCUCACCUUUGUCACGGAGCUUGUCAAAAAGCUCUUCAUCAUCAUUUCCCGUCCUGCCAGGCUGCUGGAGUGUUUGGAGUUCAACCCGGAAGAGUUUUACCAUCUACUGGAGGCUGCAGAGGACCAUGCCAAAGAAGGACAACUCAUGAAAGCAGACAUCCCUCGCUAUAUCAUCGGUCAGUUGGGGCUCACCAGAGACCCACUGGAGGAAAUCGUGAGUCUUGACAGCUACGACAGUGAGGGUCCUCACACUCCGGAGACGGAUGACUCAGCAGAGGGAAAAGGGAGAUCCAUCAAACCACCCACCGAAGAAGACUUUCAGACGAUCAAACUGAUCAGCAACGGGGCUUAUGGUGCCGUGUAUCUGGUGCGCCACAGGGAGACGCGUCAGCGUUUUGCCAUGAAGAAGAUCAACAAGCAGAAUCUGAUCCUGAGGAACCAGAUCCAGCAGGCGUUCGUGGAGAGGGACAUCCUCACCUUCGCGGAGAACCCGUUCGUAGUCUCCAUGUUCUGCUCCUUCGAGACGCGGCGGCACCUCUGCAUGGUCAUGGAGUACGUGGAAGGGGGUGACUGUGCCACUUUGUUGAAGAACAUCGGUGCUCUCCCCGUGGAGCUGGCAAGGAUGUACUUUGCCGAGACCGUUUUGGCCCUGGAGUAUCUGCACAACUACGGCAUUGUUCACAGAGACCUCAAACCUGACAAUCUCCUGAUCACCUCGAUGGGACACAUUAAACUCACGGACUUCGGUUUGUCCAAGAUGGGUCUAAUGAGCCUCACCACCAACCUGUAUGAGGGACACAUAGAGAAAGAUGCCAGGGAGUUCCUGGACAAGCAGGUUUGCGGCACUCCAGAGUACAUCGCCCCUGAGGUUAUUCUGCGUCAAGGUUACGGGAAGCCCGUGGACUGGUGGGCCAUGGGCAUCAUCCUCUACGAGUUCCUCGUAGGCUGUGUGCCUUUCUUUGGAGACACUCCUGAGGAUCUGUUUGGACAAGUCAUCACAGAUGACAUAGUGUGGCCAGAGGGUGAUGAGGCUUUGCCCGCAGAUGCCCAGGACCUCAUCUCUGCUCUGCUGCAGACCAACCCUCUUCUGAGGCUGGGUACAGGUGGAGCGUUCGAGGUGAAGCAGCACUCGUUCUUCAGCGAGCUGGACUGGAACAGUCUGCUGAGGCAGAAGGCAGAGUUCGUCCCUCACCUGGAGUCGGAGGAGGACACCAGCUACUUCGACACCCGCUCGGAUCGUUAUCACCACAUCAAUACCUACGAGGAGGACGACACCAAUGACGACGAGCCGGUGGAGAUCAGGCAGUUCUCCUCCUGCUCGCCUCGCUUCAGUAAGGUGUAUAGCAGCAUGGAGCAUCUUUCACAGCUGGAGCAGAAAGCUACAAGCUCGGUGUCCCGGCGGGAGCACAAGGGGCCACGGGAGGACAAGGUGACCAAGAGGGAGAGCCUGGGCAGUUUCAGCAUGAGGGACAAGAGCUGGAGGACCGGAUCCCCUGAGAUGAAGCGGCUGUCUUGCUCAGAGUCCCUGUACAGCGAAGGAGAUGCCAGUCCUCCUCUCGGUGCCAGGCGCCGCUUCUCAGCCCUGAUGGACACCCAUCGCUUCGCCUCGCCUCUGGAAGGAGAGCCGGAGUUCCUGUUCCGCCAGAACCCCUUGAAGGUCCGGGGAACGUCGCUGGACGGCAGCGGCGUCCCCUCGCCGAGCCUCCUGGAGCAACGGGCCAGUCUGAGGGAGGUCAACGGGGCAGACAAAUCCCCCAAACCCGGAGACACGCCGAGCAUUUCUUCGGCCACCGUGUCCCCAGGUCCGGCGGCGGCGGCCGGCCGGGAUGUGAUGACCCCUCUGUACGACCCGCUGGGAGCCCGGGCCACCAACGACCUGGUGCUCCGCAGGGCGCGCCACCACCACCUGUCCGGCGACGGAGAGAAACGGACCUCCAGACAAGGCAACAAAGUCAUCAAGUCAGCCUCCGCCACAACUCUGUCCGUCAUCAUACCAUCCGUGGAGCAGCACGGCGGCUUCUCUCCGCUGGCGAGCCCCAUGUCCCCCCACUCCUUCUCCUCCAACCCGUCGUCACGGGACUCGUCGCCGAGCAGAGACUUCUUCCCUGCGGUCAGCGUGCUGCGCUCCCCCAUCACCAUCCACCGCUCCGGGAAGAAGUACGGCUUCACGCUCCGGGCCAUCAGGGUCUACAUCGGAGACAGCGACAUCUACAGUGUGCAUCACAUAGUCUGGCACGUGGAGGAUGGCGGCCCUGCUCAGGAAGCUGGACUGUGUGCUGGUGACCUCAUCACUCAUGUCAACGGAGAGCCGGUCCACGGUCUGGUCCACACCGAAGUGGUGGAGCUCAUCCUCAAGAGCGGCAACAAGGUGACGGUGACAACUACGCCUUUCGAGAACACCUCCAUUAAAGUGGGUCCUGCCCGCAAGGCCAGCUACAAGUGCAAGAUGGCCCGCCGAAACAAGAGGACCAUGGGAAAGGAGGGCCAGGACAGUAAGAAGCGCAGCUCCUUGUUUCGAAAGAUCACCAAACAGUCGAAUCUCAUUCACCCCAGCCGCAGUCUGUCCUCCUUGAAUCGCUCUCUGUCCUCCAGCGAGAGCCUUCCUGGCUCGCCGACUCACAGCCUGUCGGCCCGGUCCCCGACCCAGGGCUACCGCUCCACCCCCGAGCCCUCGUACCUGGGAGCGUCGUCCCAGAGCAGCUCUCCGGCCUCCAGCACCCCCAACUCCCCGUCUCCGUCCCAGCACAUGAGGCCCAGCUCCCUGCACGGCCUCUCCCCAAAACUCCACCGCCAGUACCGCUCCGCUCGCUGCAAGUCCGCCGGGAACAUCCCGCUCUCGCCGCUGGCCCACACGCCCUCCCCGACCCAGUCCUCGCCCCCGCCCUUACCGGGCCACACCAUAGGAAGCUCCAACACCACCCAAUCCUUCCCCGCCAAGCUCCACUCCUCGCCACCCGUGGUCAGGCCGAGGCCCAAGAGCGCCGAGCCCCCUCGCUCGCCCCUCCUCAAGCGGGUCCAGUCGGCGGAGAAGCUGGGCUCCCCCCUGACCCAGUCCAGCUCCACGGGGGGUCUCGGGGGUCCGCUGAGGAAGCACAGCCUGGAGGUGCAGCACUCCGAGUACCGCAAAGACGCCUUCCUGUGCGAGCUGGGCCUGCAGAGCCUGAUGGAGACGGAGGGAGAAAACUUACCCCCCAACCUCCCCACGCCGCCCUCGUCCUGCAACACCCCGGAGACCGGCGUGCUGAAGCCCGUGAGGAGACUCGGGAGGCAGGAGUCGCCCCUCAGCAGGGAAACGCUGCUGGCAGGGCGGGAGAGGGAGGAGAGGGAGAGAGGGCGGGACCGGGAGAAGGAGAGGGAAACCGGGUCCGGGACGAGCCAAGUCGGGGGAACCGGGUCACAGUUAACGAGAAAACCUCACGCCAGUGACGUCGGCUUGAGUUCACAGAGCGCCAGGAUGAGUUCAGAACCCUGCAGAGCCAAGACUCCCAGCUCCCCCAUCAAGACCCCGGGAGGUUUAGGACCAAAGAUCCUCCCGAGCCAGGGCGACGUCCCUCCCAGGCAACUGGAACCCAAGGCAACGAUGAGUACGUUAUCUAACAGUGCCGAUCCUCAAGAGAGGCAGCUGGGGGGGAAACCUGAGGCAAAGAAAGAGGGAGAUAGAAGUAGGUCUGGUUUACUGACCGCCGCCUUCAGCAAGAGCUCAUGCGCUCCGGAUAAAUCCGUCAGUUCGGCACCGGCGGGAGCCCCGCUGAGCUUAAACAAAACUUUUAAAUCAUCAGGUAUAGGCGACAGCUUGAGGAAGUCUGACAGCAGCGACUCAAGGACUCCAGACCUCGGGUCCAAGAGCCCCAAACUCCCAGCUCGGGUUCUGGCCCCCGUGGUUCCCCCACACGGGCAGCCGCUGUCCCUGGGCAAAGUGAGGCAGGGACUGGGUCCCGUCAACUGCUACCGGGGGACCCUGGACUGGGAGGACAAGUGCCGCCUGGAGGUGGUGGAGGAACAUUCGCCCUCGCCCUCCCCGUCCCCGACGGCCGUCACGCCUUCCCUCUGCGGGCCUUCCCUCUGCAAGUCCCGGCCCGUCUCCCCCGGAGACAAGACCAGCUUCGUCAGCCAGCUGACCACCGUGGCCAAGAACGUCCUCGGGCCCAUCAAGCUCGGCUCCCAGUCCCAGGACGCGGCCAGGAGCAGGGAGCAGCAGAGCAAGGCGUCGGAGGAGAAGCAGGGAGGCGCCGCCGGGAGGCCCGACGCUCCCGCCGGAACUCGGGGUUUCGGCGGAGCGGCGGCGGUGGUCACCAAAAGCCCCGCCGGGUCGCCGCUCGACAAAACCGGAACGGGUAGCCUCCCAAAAAUGUGACCCAAUGGACUCUCCAAAUAAAUCAGACAAAAAAAAGGAUCAUAAAACAGAAGAUGAGCACUUAAAAAGCAAUGUACAUUCCAGUUUCAGAGUAAGGUGUUAUUUAUUAAUUCAAAUCAUUGACUGAAUCUAACUUAAAACCAGGAUUAAAGGAAAAAAAAAUCAACUGUAAAGGUGCAUAUUAACUGUUGGUUUUCUAUGAUGAAUAAUUUAUUGAUAAGACUCUUAAUGAUGUACUAUUGAACACUGUAUCAGAUGUAUAUGUGUGGGUCGCCGUGAACGCAUGUCUUAUUGUAUGUACUGUACAUGUGUGUUAGGUAUAAGGAGGUGAAAAAGUGCUUUACUGAUCAAAACAUGCUGAAUACUGUGAAUACCAAAUCUAGUCCCUCUGUUUCCGACCACACACUCUCUCUCUUUUUGUACCGCGCAUCAGCUGAGGACUGGCGAACCGGGCCGGUCGUCACGUUUGCAUAAAUCAACGCGCGUCGCAGCGCAGCCGCAUCAGUCUGGCCACAUCGGUUGAGCUCAUUUACUCAUGAUUCAGCAGUUCACUUUCUCUGGAUUAAAUGGUCAGGCAAAAAAAUCUCGUGGAUGUCGCAGCAUGUCGAUCUCUUCGCCUCGCAAGAGAUUGUCACGUCACGGAGGAUUGCGCCCGAUGGUUUUUCGGAGGCCGCGCGUCCUGAUGCGGGGAGCGGCUCAGCCGGGUCUCAGCGCUUAUCUCCCCCUCGCAGGGAGGCUGCUACAAGCCCCUCCUGCCUCCCUCCACCUCUCACGCACCAAACACUCACGGUGGUGGAGAUAGGGUUGCCACCUUUCAGAAAUAAAAAUAAGGGACGCCCUGAUUUCAGCAGCGCAGGAGCCAAAAAAAAAGCCCCAAAACUUCUAAACUGAAUAAAAAUGUGUUUAUUUUAUAUGAAAAAACUAAAUGUUUUGAUUUAAAGUUUAAAGUGCUUUAAUAGCAUUGAACUUUCAUGACUGUAGAGACAGCCAACCAUACUAGCAACUGAAAUAGCCUCCUAUGCUAUGUAUGUCCACAUCAGCCCAGAUGUAUAAUAUAGCCUACAGGUGAACAAUAUGGUGUAAAAGUUAAUUUAUUUCAAUAAUUCAACUAGAAUAUGGUGUAAAAGUUAAUUUAUUUCAAUAAUUCAACUAGAAUAUGGUGUAAAAGUUAAUUUGUUUCAAUAAUUCAACUAGAAUAUGGUGUAAAAGUUGAUUUAUUUCAAUAAUUCAACUAGAAUAUGGUGUAAAAGUUCAUUUGUUUCAAUAAUUCAACUAGAAUAUGGUGUAAAAGUUAAUUUAUUUCAAUAUUUCAAC